AUGAUUGAGGGUAAACAAUUUCUAUGGAAUGAAGUUGCAAAGCAUAAUAAAGAAGAUGACAUAUGGAUUAUAGUUGAUGGUAAAGUUUAUGAUAUUACCAAAUGGUUACCAAUUCAUCCAGGUGGCAAGGAGGCAUUGCUAUUAGCUGCUGGCAGAGACUGCACAAAUUUAUUUGAGAGCUAUCAUCCAAUGUCUGAUAAACCACAAUCCAUUAUUGGCAAAUUCGAAAUUGGGUAUAUAUCUUCAUAUGAACACCCCAAAUAUGUUCAAAAGAGUAAAUUUUAUUCAGAUUUAAAACAGAGAGUAAGAGAAUAUUUUCAAAAGACAAAUCAAGAUCCACAGCUCUCUGUUGGUAUAAUGACCCGUAUGACUUUGGUUUACACCUUGGUAUUUUGCACAUACUACCUGGCCCAUUUUGUCACCCAAAACUUUUAUCUAUCUUGUUUAUUUGCAAUCUGUUAUGCCAUUGCCAACUCCUUGUUUUCAUUGCACAUGAUGCAUGAUGCUUGUCAUCUAUCAAUUACACAUAAUCCAAUGGUAUGGAAGCUAAUGGGUGCAUCAUUUGAUUUUCUUACUGGUGCUUCAUUCUAUGCAUGGUGUCAUCAACACGUAAUAGGACAUCAUUUAUAUACAAAUAUAAGAAAUGCUGAUCCAGAUUUAGGUGAAGGUGAAAUAGAUUUUCGAAUUGUUACUCCAUAUCAACCACGUUCAUGGUAUCAUAAAUAUCAACACAUUUAUGCACCAAUUCUCUAUGGACUUUAUUCAUUUAAAUAUCAUUUACAAGAUCAUGAAACUUUUACAAAAGGAACCAAUGGUUCAAUUCGUGUAUCCCCACCAACAACCUUCGACUAUUCCGCAUUUAUUUUAGGCAAAUUAUCAUAUGUUUUCUUCCGUUUCUAUCUACCAUUGCAAUACCAUAGUUUUUCAAACUUAAUAAUAUAUAUUAUAAUUACUGAAAGUAUUUUAGGAUGGUAUUUAGCAUUAGGGUUCCAAGUAUCUCAUGUUGCAGAGGAUGUAAAGUUUUAUGCAACACCACAAAAACCAGAAGAGGCUGAGCAAAUCAAUGAGGAUUGGGCAAUUCUUCAAGUUAAAACAACCCAAGACUAUGGACAUGGCUCAAUAGCAUGCACAUUUUUAAGUGGUUCAUUAAACUAUCAAGUUGUUCAUCAUUUGUUCCCAUCAAUUGACCAGGAAUUCUAUCCACAAAUCGCUCCAAUUGUAAAAGAAGUUUGUAAAGAGUAUAAUGUAAAAUACCAUAUUAAAGAAACAUUUUAUGAAGCACUUAUGUCACAUAUUAACUAUCUCUAUAAAAUGGGUAAUGACCCAGAUUAUGUAAGAAAACCUAUAAAUUCAAAAAAUGACUAA